GCGAAUCUUUCCGGCCGACCGACAGGAUCCACCGCCACCGCCCCGAGCUGGACACACCCGCCGAACGGCGGUGCGAAACGGGACUGCCUAACCUACGUUUGACAGGCGUCAUAGUCUGCUCGGCCUGCUGUCGGGGCUGUGGGGUCAGUAAGGCGAGGAAAAGCAGGAGAAUUAGUUCACAGCGGCAAGGAGGGCUCCUCGGUAGCCUCCAUAUCGCGCGCAGGUGUCACAGCAGGUGUGAUCAGGAGUGAGCUGGAGUUCUAUGGUUAAGGGGUAGGCUGUCGACACCAUUCAACAUGGCAUCUAAAGUUCUUGUCAAAAUUCCAGUAAACUUUGGGUCACCGGUUGGCAAAUGCACUACAGCUGAUAUCAUAAGUGCGAGUGUUAAUGCCCGUUCUACAGGCUCUGAGAGUACAUCAUCAUCUAACAGUCCAUCUGAUUCAAUCUUAAGCAUAAGCUUUGACCCAUCUCUUCGUAUUACACAGCUUGAGCAAAACAUAAAGUUUCUUAAGGAGCAACACCAUCUCAUGCUUACAUCGUUGCACCAUGAAGUAGAGACAUUGAGGCAACGCAAUCGAGAUCUUCAAUUUCAACUUGUGUUCAGCAAAGGGUCCUUUGCACUUGUAAAAAGUACACCAUCCUCACCAGAGGAUGACUCUAAGCCUCAGGUCACUCUGAGCCCUAAACAAGUAAAUGUGUCUUCUCUUCAAGUUGAAAUUCUUGAACGGGAUCUUGCCGAGCUGCGCAGCCUUCUCAACGAAGCUAAAGCACAAAACUCUUCAUUGGAAAAUAUUAUUGAUGAGCAGAAAAAACAGCUUGAAAGCUCCAUAAAUAAACUUGUGCCAUCAUCAGAUGAUCCACCCAUAAGCUCUAUCAACCCCGAUCCUGAUUUGGCUUUUAAACUGGAAGAUGCAGAAAAAGUAAUACGUCGACUGCGCCGGGAAAAUGAUGAGCAGAGAAGAGAGCUGGCAAUGAUAAAAGCCAAUCAAAAUAAGGAUCAGGGCGCAGCAGGUGGAUCGGUUCAUCAGAGGCCCAGCAACCAGUGGUCUCAACAAUCUUAUGAACCACAGCGAGAGUAUUACAAUGAACAGCACCGUGAGUCUCGUGAACAGCGUCGCGAAUCAGCAAAAGAGACCACACAGGAUGGGCCAAGUGAUCAGCCUGAACAUCAGCAGGACGGCCCCCGAGAAGGCAGCCGCUUCCCCCCACUAAACAAUACAAAGUUUUGGCAUAACAAUGGUGGAACGCAGAGAGGAAACUCACGUUGGAAUCAUUCGUGGGACUCUGGGCGAGGUUCUGGUGGGCCACGGAUGCUAAACCAAUCCCUGCCAUCUAUUCCUGGCAUUCCCAUGAGUGGUAACUCAGCAAAUUCCCAAUCCAAUGGCAACCCCAGCAGUGCACCUUUCACCCUCCUCAGCCAUGGAGGUGGUGGAGGGCGCAGGUCACACCGUGGAAACUAUAGGGGAGACCGUAACGGGGGUGGCCGUGGGGGAAACGGUUCUGGACAAUCGGGUGGUCGCGGGCAUUGGGACCAAAGCAGAGAACAACGAGGAAGAGAUCGUGAUAGGAACAGGGACCAACAAGGUUUCAAUGAGUAAGAAACAAAAAAAAAAAAGGAAAAAAAAGAAUAUUGAUUCCUGAGAGCAGUUCUGCUUGUUACUGUUGCCAUCUCUUUGUGCCAAAACUUUAUGCGUUACUGUAACUAUUGUGGAGUUUGUAGUAAUGUCAGUAGUGACAGUAGAUUGACAUUCAAUGGCUUCUCCUUGGCUGUUUUGUAUUAAUUUUGCCUGUGGUUUCUGGAGAGAGACUACUGACAUGCCAAAGAUUGUACAACAAUUACAAUGUGAUAAUUAUUUCUGCAACUAAGUAUAGCUAAAACAGCCUGAAAAUUCUAAAUGACGUCAUAACUUUUAAUGGAUAAUUAUUAGGCAGAGAGAUGGCAACUAACCAUUGCGAAGCUUGCUUGAUUCAUCUUUUCACUUAAACCAUACCCUUGCAGACUUGUAAAUCAAUUUUGUGAUAUAUUUCUCUCUUUAAAAAAAAUUAUGCAAAACUUACUGUGAAAAAAAAUAAUUUAAAUAUAUAUUAUUAUUUGUUGUAACAAUUUAGAGAGGUUUUGAGAUGUAUUUACUCUUUCUUAUUGGUAACAUUUACAAUUUAGUAAUAUUUGCUUUAGAAGCCCAUUUUCAACAAGAAUACUCAAUUCAAUGUCAUACCUUAAAAUGACUGACGUUUUGCCAUAUAGUUGUAUCAACUUUAAGAAAUACCAUGCUACCUGGAAUUUAAAUAUUGUUUCGUGUACUUAUCUUCGGACUACAGUAGUGUGACAGCAGUUGCCAUUGUUUUUGUGAAGUUGAUUUUAAUAUGAUGUUCCUAUUUGUUUUAUUCCAUUGAACUCUUUAUGGUGUGCUGCUAUUUAAUUGUUUCUUAAUCUGCAGACUUUGCAAAGAUUGCAUUUCUUAUAUUUGUUUUUCUUUUUGCCAUGUACCCCAGAUACAUUGCCAAUGUAUCCUCAGUGUAUCAAGUCCAUAUUUUGUGGAGUCAGGUACCCUCGAAACAUAGCAAUAAGAAAGAAGCUGUUUAGAAGUUCACACUGUUUUAUCUGGGCUUAACACGCAUCAGGGGGGCGGGAGUCAACAACUACAACCUCUUUUGGCUUAAAGAUGUGUGUUGUGUUGCACUCAAUGUGUUAAGAGAUGUUACAAACCACCAACAAGAACAAGCCAACCUAAUCAGAUUUUUUUCAGGUGAAGUCAACUUUGUUUGUGUUUCUGAGUAGUUUAGUGUGCCCUUAUAGAAACUGACUCAAUAUAAUGAGGAACAAGAAAAAAUAGGGGACGAAAACUGACAACUGCAUAGCUGUGAUAAUGUAUCUAACCAAAUAAGCUUAUUGUACCAUAACUUUUAUCAUGGUGUCUAUCCAGAUUGAGUUGAAAACAGCAAAGUGAUAUAUGAUUAUACCUCAACCAACUCUAGCUCUGAGGUCAAUGUCAUAAGAACAGAGAGCCAAGGUUUUUCUAAGAUAACUCUUGCAUCUUAACAUUAGUGUUUCUCAACCAAUUGACUCCAAAAUUUUGCCAAAGAUUUGAAAAAUGUACUACAAAAACAGCAAAGUUUUUAUGAAUUUUUAGUGAAAACUGUCUGAGUAAUGCCGCAGCAUUCAAAACAUUAGGUUGUACCAACUCUAAGUUAAAGUAGAGAACACAGGUUCAAAAUGUUCAAAACUUGUAACACUUACAAUGUACAUUAUGGAAGAAGAAAAUUUUGAUAUCUGUAAUAUUCUAAUCCAAAUAUGUGUCAAGGUGUAAAAUUGAGAAAAGAUAAAAGAUCAGUCCCAUAAUUUUAGAAUUUGGCUGGUUGGAUGGAAAGAUAUGGAAAAAGCGAUGAUGCGUCCAAUCUGGAUUCUACUGCUUCAUGUCAUGUUUCUUUGCCAUCGUAGUAUUAUACAUGGUUUUGCCCUACUCAAGUUUAACUUUAAAAUAUUCCUAACCAUCAUGUAAUGCAGCAAUAGGUAAGUUCAUUGUGCUAUUACUGUGUUUCUACAUGUAUUCAUUAGUAUGUUCUCUAUACUCUUUGAGCUCUAUUGUGUACUACUUAUUGUUAGAGGUAAUGUCUACCUAUUGAAAUGCUUCAACCAUAUUAGAGCAUGCUUGUAUUUCAUUUCAAAUUGUACUUGUCGGACAAAAAAUACUUCCGAACAAAAAUGGACAUAAUGUGAUGCCAACUGUUAACUUCACUGUUGUAAACGACAAAUUUGGGUAUGUCAUGCUUUUUGUUCUUGUCAGAAAUAAUUUAAUGAAGCUAAUCUGGUGUUAUUUAUGAAAUAAAUUUGAAUGUAAGCAUGUAA